AGAAGUGUGUAAACUUAUGACAGCGCUUGGCUAUUCAAAUGAUUUACGGUAACGAUUAUCUUUUCUGUAGCAGAGCAGCUGGUCGUUUGGAUAGAAAAUGUCCCGAAGUGUUGUUUCCCCGGCCCAGGCACCAAUCGAAGUGCAGGAUGAUAGCGUUGCGACCACAUUAAAAGUGAUCAUGGAUGUAUUGAAGUCUCAUGAAGGCUCCAUAAAAGAAUUAAGAAAUUUCUUGACUUCCCAUGGAAAAAGCCCUGCAGUAGUACCACCUCUUUUAAAUAUAUAUGACAUUAAUGGAGAGGAGGAGCCAGUGAAAGAUUUACAUACAGAUGACAUACCAGACAACCAAUCAGAAGCCUCAUCAAUUAUGUCAAGCCGGACUGAGUAUCAUGAGCUGCCAACAAGAUCCACUUUAAUUAACAGUACUGGUAUAUCUAGUGCUGCUAAUGGAAUGCUGCCACUUUCUGAUUUGAGUCAUCAAAGAACCAUAGUCUCCAGUCCAAAUGGUCUCACAAGUACCCCGGCAAAGCCCUACUCCUCCCCACAACAUUUUCCUCAAGCAAGAACUGCCUUAUUUGAACAGACACCAAAACUGGACCUUUCAGUUUCCACUGUGCACGCUGAUGAACAUCAAGGGAAAAUCAGUUCAAAUUCCAGUCAGCCAUAUAAUCUACAUAUGCCACCAGUGAGGUCACAUAAGGGCUCUGAAUUGCACAAAUACAGUCCAUCACCGAGUUCCAGUUAUUCUGUUGUUGCGCUGAGUACAAAGAUUCAGUUGCUGGAAAAUCAAGUGUCGGAAUGGGGAGAUAUUAUUGAUGAAAUGUCAGACCGCAUGGCCAAUCAACCCUCCCUUAUUAGGAAGUUUGCAAAGGAAAGUACGACAGACAAAGUCAGUUACCGCCAACACACCGAUGAUUUGGAAGAGCUUGAAAGAAAACUGGCUAAAAGAAUUGACGAUAAGUUUGCAAGCCUUGAUCGAAAAAUUAUCGAGCUGUAUGACGACUUGAUGAGCCAAGUAUCCCAUACAUCAGCUUCAAAAGUUUCGGACGAGAAGAAGACAGGAAAACAAGAUUCCUUAGGGAAACUUCAUUCAAAUGUGGAUUCGCUCUCAGAACAGUUUGCCAAACAAAAUGAAAAAGUUAAACACAUAGCGAAAGGAAUGUCGGAGUUGGACGACAAAGUAGCUCACCUUAAACAGGACAUGUCGCUCUACCGACGUCAGGUGGACGGCAACAAACGAGGCGACGAUGAGCUCGUGUCCUUGGUCGCAGAACAGCUUAUAGGGAAUGAGGACAUUACUGGAUGGAAAGUGGCACUGAAGGAGAUCCACGCAGCUCUCAAUAAACAGUCUGAAAUCAACACAUCAGUGCACCAUUCAUAUGCAACGCUCGACAAACGGACAGAGGCUAUGAGUCAGAAAGUCCAACUUCAUGGAAGGUGGCGCUGGAGCGGCGUGUCAAAUUUGUACCCUAGGGCACAUUCGUGUGUUGCAGAUCAACACACAGACGAUAUAAACUUUACUUCUCAGAUACACAACACUGAAUCACGGAGCUUGGUUUGGGAGAAAGGCAAAUCAUAUGUGGUAAUAACGACAGGAGGGUGUUACUGGCUCUCAGUGGGUGCCUUCUCCAGGAAGACGACAACACCACCCUCCCUACAAGUCACUAUUGAUGAAGAACCCGUCCCCCUGUUUAACAGUUCCGGUAAAUCACCAACUCAUCACAGAAUAAGUGUCAUUUCCUCUGCUCCAAAAUACCAACCUUCCGCGGCUAGAUUGAAAGGAGAAGGAACCGGUUCGUGGAGACCUGGCUCUAUUCUCACGGGCGCAGUACUGAUUCCCGCUCAUAGUAGAAUAAGCAUCAGCCCAACAAGCACCGCACCAGGGACACGAUUGAGUGUGGAGGGAUACUUGGAGUUGUUAAAGAUGUACUAAAGAUACAAGACAUACUGAUCUUACAAUCUGGACACAACUGUUUUACUUAAAGAAACGAUGUGACUAUAUUUUGAUUCAUUUUGAGUCAUAAAAUCGUCUUUAAUUAGAUAGAAAUCGUGAAAUAAUCGUCAUAUGGGGUAGGUAAACAAUAGAGAGAAUAAGAAGAAUUCAAGAAUAAACUGAGCUUUAAGGAA